CCCUGCUGAGGGAGGCUUCAGCCCCAGACCAUCCGAGUGUGUCUUGCUUACACGGUGGCGUGCCGCUGCGUGUUUCUGUGCGUGAUCGACCUCCGCAGCAUCUCCACCGACCUGCAGAGCGCGCUGAUGCGACGUUCACGGUUCUGCAGCAGCUCCAGCUGUUUUCUCCAUCUUCUAUUGUCCUCUCUCUCCUCUCACGUUGUCGGAGAGCAGUUGGGCGGAGCUGUCACUGGGGUUCAUUAAUGAGCGCUCCUCUCACCUCCCCGUGUGGAGGAAUGUUUGUUCUGGAGAGUGAGUGAAGGGGGGGUGUAACCGAGGGGAGGGGGUGUGUGAGGAGCCGCUGUACGUACCUGCUGCUCGCUCUGCUCCAACAUUAACCACAGCUCUGUGAGAACUGAUGCUGCUGCUGUGGGACAAACCCGAACGGGGCUCAGAGGUCUGCGGGCUGGCUUAGCGCCGCAGGAAGCAUCUCACAGUCUGAUGGAGGAGGAGGUCACGGAGCCCGGUCCUCGCACCGGCAUGCCACAAGCAGGGACGGAGGUAAACGGGGACCUGCCGGGCAGCCCGAGGGAUGGGACGGAGAGUCUGGUGGAGGAGCCGGUGGUGCAGCAGUAUCCUAAAGAGUACGACCAGCCGUGUGGAGAGAAGAUGCCGUUCCACCAUGUGACGGCAGGUCUGCUCUACAAGGGGAACUACCUGAGCCGCUCGCUGUCCGACAGCGACAGCGACGUUCCGGCAACCAUCUCAGUGGAGGAGCUGGAUGAGAUCCGGGAGGCGUUUAAGGUUCUGGAUCGGGACGGAAACGGGUUCAUAUCCAAGCAGGAGCUGGGGAUGGCCAUGCGCUCUCUGGGGUACAUGCCCAGUGAGGUGGAGCUGGCCAUCAUCAUGCAGAGACUCGACAUGGAUGGAGACGGACAGGUGGACUUUGAGGAGUUCAUGACGAUUCUGGGUCCCAAGCUGCUGUCCUCUGAAACAAGGGAAGGCUUUCUGGGCAACACCAUCGAUACCAUCUUCUGGCAGUUCGACAUGCAGAGGAUCAGCCUGGAGGAGCUGAAGCACAUCCUGUUCUACGCCUUCCGCGACCACCUGACCAUGAAGGACAUCGAGAACAUCAUCAUCAACGAGGAGGAGAGCCUGAAGGAAAACUCUGGGAACUGUCAGACGGAGUUUGAGGGGGUUCACCCUUCAAAGAAGAACCGUCAGACGUGUGUGAGGAAGAGUCUCAUCUGCGCCUUCGCCAUGGCCUUCAUCAUCAGCGUCAUGCUCAUCGCAGCCAAUCAGAUGCUGAGGAACGGCAUGGAGUAGCUGCAGCCGCUGUGAGCUGGGGGCGAAGCGGCCUGCAUGUGCAUGCCCGCGGGCGUGGUCGCGUCCCUGUAGAUAACAAAAGACACAGAAACUCUGAAUGUGAUCGACUCGUUCUGAUUAUUUAUUUAUUUAUUUAUUUAAAUAAGGACGCCUCCACCUGACGUCCAACUAAACCAUGAAGCCAGCAUGAGGAGUCACGUAGGACUCCUCCCCCUUUACGACUACGGGGACUCUCAAGGGCUGACGUCUCGUCUGGAUCUCUGUCGUCUGCGUUCGCUGAUGCGGUGAACGACAGGAAGAGGUGUUUUUGAGGCACGCGCAGGAGGUGAGGAGCUCCCGGAGGGACCGAGGGGACCACCGGAGCACAAGGAUUCGUCCACGCGGCUCCUGGUGCUUCGACGCUUCAGCGCGCUGGUUCCUCUGAGUCGUGGGUCGGUGACGUCACCCACCAUCAGAGGAGCCUCUGAGCGUUAUUUGGGAGCGAGGAUGUUUGGCGUCUCAUCAUCUCGCCUCUAACGGACGGCUUUAAAUCCUCAUCGUUUGUUGUUGUCUUCCUCACAAGCGUCCCUGAGUGUUGCCCCGCAAACGCCUGGGGGUCGCUCCUCCUCCCCUAGAGACCAUGUGACUGUGGUGGGCAUGGCUGACCGUGUGGCGGGGUUAGCCACGCCCACUGGGAGAAACCUUUUUGAGGACUACAGUCAAAACCACAUUUGUCUUUUUCACGUUGCUUCUGUGAGUUUAGCUACAUUCAGAUUUCUCUCCUAAUCCAGAUCAAUCUGGUUUUAGCUAGAUCCACCUGAACUCCACAGCUGUGCUACACCUGCAUCUUCAGCCUUUUUAACGGAAGAAUAUUGAUUUAAAAACGGAAUAAAAUAGUUUUUCUCUUCAGUAUCAGAAAAAAUAACCGAGAUAAAAACAAAGACGAUUUGAUUUAAGGGAGCCGUUCGGUCCAAACCAACUGGAUCCAUUCAUGUGGGAAACCAGCAGCCAAGUCCACCUUAAGAGAACCUCGAGCUGUGAAGGCAAUAACCCAGAACGUCGUGUAGAGCUCUGCAGGCCUCUCUGGGUUUAGGUCAGAGGUCAGCGAUAAGAACGUCUGACCUUUGACCUUGAACAGGAGCCCCUGCAGUGUGACUGAGUCCCCGUGGUGCCGUGGAGGAGAGUGGGACGAGCCCUGGCCACGGGGAAGUUGGUUUGCUGAUCUGUGGAUGGGAUUAUGUUCCUAAUUCUGUAACAAAUCUGGGUUUAAUCUGUAAUCCAAACUGAAAAAACUAAAUGGUGUUUUUAGCAGGUUUUCUUUGGGACAGCGUUGAAUAUUAAUGCUGUAGCGCACAAUAACACGUUCACCGGACUUUAUUAGAGACGAAGCAAAACCAAAGGAGAAGAAAAACUGAAAUUAUUUGCUUUUUGUUGACAGAACUCGUGUAAUCUGGUCCACGAGCUUCAGAGCUGUGGACUCUCCUGGUCUCUGCUCCCAUCUGACUUAAACCCCACGUUGUGUGUGUGUGUGUGUGUGUGUGUGUGUGUGUGUGUGUGUGUGUGUGUGUGUGUGUGUGUGUGUGUGUGUGUGUGUGUGUGUGUGUGUGUGUGUGUGUGUGCUCGCUUGCCCUCUGCAGACGCGAGGGUCAGAGGUCGUAGGAGGAUGUUUAAGGUCGGUUUCCUCUAAACUCUUGAAGCCAUAAGCUCUGCAGACUCAUGUUCUCACACCAGGUCAAACGCCCCUGCAGUGCAACAGCACCACCUAGUGUUGGUGGUGACGGGAGUGAGGACUGCAGACGCUGCAGGUAGAGCAGCACCUGUGUGAACACACACCUGCCUCUGGCAGUAAAGUCUCAAGCUUCAUUUGUAUAAUUGAAGAAUUUUACGAAGAGGAGACCGAACGCAGAACUCAACCCCAAGAACUGAGUUGGAUGGGUCAGCUGGUCCGUUGGUCACCAGCUUUGCGCUGAUGGGGUUUCUUCUGCAGCUUCUUACAUAAAACUAGAUUUUUACUCCGUUUUGGUUUGGAGAGAACCUGAAGUGUGUGGUGGAGUUGGUCUCUUCAGUAGCACGGUGGAGGUAACCCUAACCCAGUCUAAACGAGCACAUCUGGACGUUUGCAUGUGCAACAUGUAAGCCUGUAGAAUGACUCAGUUGUGCUGUUUACUAGAGGCAUCAUAAUUAUGUGUAAAUAAUGGAAAUCUGUAUAAAAAUGAAUAGUUGCAAUAAAAAGUUCUUUUUUCA